CAGCCAUCACAGUCACCCUCAUCAUGGCCCCCAAGCCGUUGCUUUCUGCUGCCAGCGCCCUCGCCGCUGCCUCCGCGCUACGAACCGACGGGCAAACCGCCCACCUCAUCCAAGGCACAGAAGACAAGCCCAUCCAGUUGGGCCAGACUCAGAUCUUCGUCGUGCAGUUCGCCGGAGGCGACGUCUGGGCCGUCCGCAUUGCCGUCCAUCAGGACAGCACCCUGUCGCCUGACUCCGUCUCGGAUUUGGUCCAACAAGAGGCCGCCACCAUCGCCAAGCUCAAUGAAGCUGGGUUCCGCUGGGCGCCAAAGCUUGUCGGCGCGGUGCCCAGCUUCGACAAUCCUCUUAGUUAUCCGUACAUGGUCGUCAGCUGGCUACCGGGUGCCGCGUUAGAGUGGUCCCCGUCUGCGCUGGCUGAUGAGCAGAGACACAGGAUUCUUUGCCAGCUCGCAGAGAUACAGCUGGAGCUGGCACAAUGCACUAUUGAAACGAGCACUGAAGCAUUGGCCCAACAACACCUGGUGGGCAUCGUUGGCAGCAAGGUCUCGCGCGUAAUGAACGGAACGCUUCCUGAGGUGGACCUUCGCAGCUGCUUCGUCCUUCGAGCUCUGCUUCGAAAAGCUGUUUGUAUGGAAUCGCCACUCCUUGCGUUGACUCACAGCAACUUGGCCGCGCACAAGAUAAUCGUGGACGCCGAUUGCAACAUCACAGGAAUUGUGGAUUGGAAACUAGCCUGUGUCCGUCCACUUGAGGUGACCCUGCAGUUCCCGCGCCUGUUAGCCGUGGAACCAGACGAGGCGGAUGCCUCGCCCACAGAAAACCCCUCCGUCGCAUCUAUCCAACGUCCUCCCGAGCUCGCGACUGACCGCCAAGUAUUCUUGUCUCGCCUGUCCUCUAUUUCUUCGCGAGAGUCGCCUCUUUCCUCUCUCGCUGCAACCAUGAACACGAUUCUCUCAGACCCCAACGUCGACUGGAAGCAUCUCAUUAUACAGUCCUGCUUCAGCAGGGGCAUCCAUCGCUGGAUGUCUGAGCGAUCAUGGCUGGUCGAGGGCCUCGAACGAGAUGUCGUGCUGACCGUCCACGACCAGGCAGGGCAAGUUGUCAGAGCCGAGAUCGACGACCUCGUCCGCAGCGAACCUGACUGGGGGUUUACCCGUGAGGAACUCCUUCAAAGUUUGUAAUCAGCAAGCAAAUUUAGGUUGUUCAUCAAUGUCAUGUACAGUAGCGGCAUCAUUGCUUGAUGUACUAGCACAUGCCCAACAUUUGGGUCAGCUGUAUGACAUGGCCAAGCCACGACAUGUGUGGCCUUUGGAGUGCGAAUUAUAAACGCCUGAGAGCUUCUACGAUCGAUCAUCUAGUUCAAGGCAUCUGGA